AAAUGUCAAAAGCAGUUUAUGUGACAACCUUGUCUUUAUUUAUAUAUCCAUUAAUAAUUAUAUACCUAUAUUUUUUUCUAAAUACUUAUAAUGACUGAUUUUUUCAGCAAAAUGGCACAACAGAACUAUGACUACAAUGACAAACUGGUUUUCCUUGGCGAAUGGUACGAUUACGAUUCCUCCUACCAAAAAAAAUUCAUCAUUAGUUACUACCCAUAUGACAAUACUAUCGAGAUCUACGACAAGGAAGCCAAAAAAAUGUAUUUGAAACGCACCAAACUGGACGAUCUGCGCAUGGAGGACAUGUUUGUCGGUAACACUGUGCGAAUUUAUAGUAGACAGAUCAAAAUAACCGGUUAUGCGGAUUGUCGCACGCAGAAGUAUGUAGGAAAGUUAAGAGAAAAGACAUUGGUGGUUUUGAAACCGACAGUGAUUGAUAAACUGGGAAUAGUUAUUAAUAUAAUCCAGGAGAAUCAGUUUCAUAUAUCCAAACUAAAAAUGUGCCAUCUAAGUAGGAAAGAGGCUUUAGAUUUUUACGAAAGAAUGAAGGGAGACACAGUUCUGCCAUUUAUUUUAGAAAACGUAGUUUCCGGACCAAUUGUUGCUAUGGAAUUGAUUGGAGAAAAUGCCGUACAGCGAUUACAGACGCUAAUGGGACCAGUAGAUCCUGUGGAAGCUAGGAAAACAGCACCUCAGAGUCUUAGAGCAGUACACGGUCACGACAGCAGAGCUACUAAUGGCUUUCAUGGUGCCUACACAGUUGAAGAAGGAAUGUUAGAAUCAGAUUUCUUCUUUUCUACGAACGAUGUGACACCAUCAGCGACGGUCAAGUUGGAAAAUAGUACAUGUUGCGUUAUAAAGCCUCAUGCGAUCCAGGAAGGAAAACUUGGGCAUAUAAUUUCAACGAUAUCCAAUUCCCACUUUAAAAUCACCGGUGCCCAGAUGCUCUAUUUGACGAGUGCUAAUGCUGAUGAAUUCCUGGAGGUAUAUAAAGGAGUGGUCAGCGAUUAUCACGCCCUACUGUUAAGUUUUCUGGAUGGUCCAUGUGUUGUUCUGGAAAUAUCGGGUAAAAACAAUGAAAUGAACGUUCACGAUGAGUUUAGGAAGUUUGCCGGGCCAGCUGAUACCGACAUAGCUAAACAAAUCCGUCCAAAUUCUUUAAGAGCUCAAUUUGGUUGUGAUAAAUACAAAAAUGCAGUGCAUUGUACGGACUUACCUGAGGAUACGGUGUUAGAACUUGAAUAUCUUUUUAAAGUGCUCAAAGAUGGUUGAUAAUUAGCGUAGAAUAGAUAAUUUUGUACUUUUAUACGUUUUAUACACUACAUUUUUUAGAUUUUAGUAAAU